UUACUGAGUAUUCUUUUUCUCCCUUUUUUCCCUUUCAGUUCCCUAGUGGAGGCAUCCCACCACCAUCUGUAAGUACAGUCUUAAAACUGUUGCCUUUUCAGUAUCCAGGUUACCCUAGCCCAUCAGGUGGGCCCCUCUACAAUCCUCCUGUUCCUCUGACAACCCCUAUCCAAGGAGGAAUGUACCCUGGAAAGAUCAUCUACCUAACCGGAAUACCAAAGCAAAAUGCCAAUCGCUUUAAUGUCAAUCUGACAUGUGGAGCUCAUGAGUCUUCCAAUAUUGCCCUCCAUUUUGACGCCCGCUUCCACUUUGGAAAUGACAGUCACAAUGUUGUUGUUCGAACUCACAGACAGGGAGGUAACUAUGGACCAGAAGAACGACAUCAGAAUUUCUUCCCAUUUACUCCUGGAGUCAAUUUUGAGAUCAUGAUUCUGGCAGAACAUGCCAGUUUUAAGGUUGCUGUUAAUGGUCAGCAUUUCACAGAAUUCUUCCACCGAAUUCAUCCUUUGAACUCAGUGACCUAUUUGAAUGUUCAAGGGGAUGUCGUCCUGACGCAAGUUAGAUUCCAGUAG